GUAGCGCGGAGCAUCCGGCGGUAGAGUGAGGAGGAGGAGGAGGAGCAGGAGGAGAGAGGAAGGAGAGGGACAGGAAGAAAAGGAAGCACAUCGACGGUAAGAAUGAACAAUAUUCCCGGAAUCUGAGCUGAUCGACGGGAGAAGAAAAAAGAAAAAAAAGAAUCGUCCCUUGCUCGUUGGAAGCCGACAGGAAGCGGAGGGAGGCAGUGGUGCCGACAGGAUGGAGGAGGAGAAGCAGUUCCUUUGUGGGGUGGUGGAAGGUUUCUAUGGCCGGCCCUGGUCUAUGGAUCAAAGAAGAGUUCUCUUUCAGUGGAUGCAGCUGUGGGGGUUGAACACCUACCUGUACGGACCCAAAGAUGACCUGAAACACAGACUGCUGUGGAGGGAAGUCUAUUCUCCCGAAGAGGAAGCUCAGUUGCGCACUCUUAUAGUGGAAGCUCAGUCCAGGGGGCUGAGGUUUGUUUACGCACUCUCCCCUGGUCAGGACAUUGUCUUCUCUUCUUCCUGCGACUUGACGCUGCUCAAACGCAAGCUGAAACAGGUAUCGGACCUGGGGUGCCAGGCGUUCGCCAUUCUCUUCGACGACAUCGACCACUCCAUGUGCCAGGCCGACAGCGAGGUCUUCGCGUCUUUUGCCCACGCUCAGGUCACAAUAGCUAAUGAGAUUUAUCGCUUCUUGGGGGAGCCACCUGUCUUCCUUUUCUGCCCUACAGAGUACUGCGGUUCUCUGUGCUCCCCAAGUGUGUCUAAAUCUCCCUACCUGCAAACAGUCGGAGAGGACCUGCUGCCGAACAUAACAGUGAUAUGGACAGGCAGUAAAGUCAUCUCCAGGAAACUGUCGUUAGACUGCCUUGCGGAGUUGGAGUCUGUCCUCCAGCGGCCCCCAUUGAUAUGGGACAACCUGCACGCCAACGACUACGACACCCGACGUCUCUUUCUGGGGCCUUUCAAGGGUCGUGACCCUCAGCUAAAAAGCCACCUGAGGGGUCUGCUGCUCAAUCCCAACUGCGAAUUUGAAGCCAAUUACAUCCCACUACAUACUCUGGGAACAUGGUACAGAGCUGAAAAAGAUUAUCUAAAAGAUGAGGAGAGCGAAUACUGUCCUGAUAGAGCUUUAACUGCUGCACUACAUGACUGGAUGGAAGAACUUAACCAACCUCUGCAAGCAGGUCGGCAGAGCACAAGAGCGGACCACCGUGCCUCUGUCUCAUCAUCGCGUUCCAAAACUCCUGACAGGUCCAGUUGUCCUUCCACCUUCAGAGCCACCCCUGCUGUGGCCAAACUCCCGGUCUUCCCGCUGAAUUCUAGCUCUCCACCCUCAUCGCCACCUAUGGGCAAAGCAGAGAGGGAGGGACGUGAAGGGGAAAGAAAGAGGUCACAGCAACCGAGUCAGCAACUUCCUGGCUCGAAGUCGGGAGCGCCUGUUGGUGGGGGCCGGUCACAGCGUGCACCGGGUCGUGGUGUCUGCGGUGGGAAGGGAUCACUAAGUGAGGCCCAGGUGCGGCUGCUCGUCGGUCUUCAUUAUCUCCCCCAUGAGCACGGUCCCUCGGCCCAGAAACUGCUGCAGGAUUUAACCUGGUUAAAAACAAACUGCCACCUGGUCGGUGCAAACAGCAAGAAGGGACAGCCUGAGAAGGUUGAUGAGUGGCGUGGGCGUGCCUCCAGAUUUCUAUCUCUGUGCGAAGACAUAGCUCAGCUCCACGGCAGCGUGGUUGGAGGUGCUAACAGGGCUGUGCUGUAUGACCUUUACCCUUAUGUGUGGGACCUGAGGAACACGGCUCUGGUGGCUAAAGCCUUCAUAUGCUGGCUGGAUGGGCGAGUGUUGAGUGACAGCUCAAGCCUCGGCUCCUGGAAGAACUGCUUUCACUGGUGUGGGAAAACCACAGGGGCAGACGUGUUGGGAGUGGACUCAGAGCCGUGGGUGUUCAAAGGGGGUGUGUCAGGGGACGUGCAGAUGCUCCUACCGGUAGGCAGCAGCGCUGAACUUUUCACUCAUCCCCCUCCUCUCUUUCCUACCUCUCGUCUCUACAACAUCAGGCCCUACCACAGCAAAGACAAGGUGGAGCUCUAUCGGAUGGUCCGCCAGCUUCACCUGAGGACUCAGGGCGGCCAUGAGUCCACCAUGGCUCAUCCAGAUGUCAUUGGAGACAGGUGUCUCGGCCCAUGUCUGGCCCUGAGCCCCGAGUACAGCUUCAUCCUGGAAGAUGAGCUGGGCAUUUGCGGCUGUGUGCUAGGCAUCUUAGACGUCCGCUCCUUCGCCAAGCGAUGCCAGGCCAGCUGGAUUCCUGCCAUGAGAGACAAAUACCCACCCAAAGGGAAUAGCACACACUCAAACACACAGGACUUGGUCCGAUUAAUGGAGGAGGACCAGGGGGAGUACCCAGACUCGCUGAUCUACCACUUCCCCUCUCAGCUACGGUUAGACGCUCUUCCUGAGCUGGUAGACGUCAGCGUCAGCCGAACCCUGCUCACCUCCUUACUCACCGCGCUCAAGGCCAACGGUUCUCAGGGUGUCUUCUGUGAGGUGCAGCCCACGGACCAUCAGAGGCUGGAGUUUCUAACCAAGCUGGGCUUCCUGGAGAUCCUCAGAGGAGAAGCCAGGAGCAGGGAGGGGGUGGUACUAGGAAGGCUGCUCUGAGAACAGCGACAUGGAAAAACUCACACAAACACUCACCUGGACACAAAUGUAGACUCCUUUGAGAUACAUGAACAUUAACUAGUUCAUCAAUCCCUUAAAGUGCAUGGUUAGGUAUAAGGCCUACAUUAUUUUCUUAAGUAAAUACUAAUGUUUGUUUUUUUAACAAAAUGUCGCCAUUUCGCCACAAAUGUUACAUUAUUCAAUCAGCCUAAAGUUUCACUUCCCUAAACGUCUGGGCAUUGUGAAAAAGAGAUCUUGGUUUCUUACAAGCCGGUGAUUGUACUUGUUCAAAAACUGUUAUCUCUUGCUUUGAAUAGGAAUUGUUUCAUGUCCGCAGCACCGUUCAGAAAUACUUAGUACAUUUUCACUCGGUUUAAGAUCUGCCAACAUGGUUAAAAUGUUCCACCAAAAAAAAAAAAAGGAAGAAAACAAAAGGACGAGAAAUUUAUUGAUAGACUUUAUUUAAUUCAAAAAGGGUUCCAAUCUGUGAGAUCUUAUUGACAAAAUGCCACAAAAGUAGCACUUCUUCAGUCCAAUCAGUUCUGUUAAGUAAUUGCAGUAAUUUAGACUUGUUUUCCUAAGUGAUAGUAACUAGAGCCAGACUAUCAAGUAAUUGUAGUUUCAAACUGUUAAAGCAUGAAAAGAGGUAAUUUAGAUGUCAUUUGGUUGCCCUAAGAUUAAUGUGAUACACUGCAUGUUGUGAAGGGGCUACUGUAUAUGCAUCACUAAAAAUAACAGACUCGCACUCAGAGUUUAAACACUAACUACUUGCACAGCAAAACAGUUUAAAACACGGUGUUAACUGUAUCACAGAAAUCUUGAUAAGCUUAAACAAGAGAUCAAACAUUUUCCGAUUCCUUUAAACCCGUAACAGGUACCAUCAACCAUAAGAUUUGUGAGCAAUAUGUAAACUAUGAAAUGUCCUUUAUGUUUCAAAAAAGCUGUUGUGCUUUUACUUUUAAAACUCCUUCCCUGGUUUAGCAUCUCAAAGAUUUUUGUCAAGCUUCAGGGAAAUAAAGAAGUGUUUCAAAUGAGGGCAGAACUCAAAAUCAAAAGAGUUUUAUGAACUGUCUAAUUAAUUUUCAUGCAUAAUAAGUUUAUUAUUUGCAAUUCUGCGGAAAACAAAUCAUAAUAUGAGUUGAAAGGGUCAAUUGUUUAACAAUUCUUGACUCUCGAGUUUCAGCCACUUUUCUGGUGUGGGUGAGCAUAACCACCUUCCUUAGUUUAUUUUAAAUGAACGUAAGCACAACAUAAAAAAAAAAUUAAAACAGAAAAAGCUGCUUAGCGCCAAAAUGCAGAAAAACAGUAACCAGCUGACUUCACAGAGCAAAACCUUUCCUAAAACCAAAAGUCAGAAGCCCACUACAAUUGAAGUGAUGCUUUUUUAUUAGCACAGGUGUCCUGUGUCCUUGAAGGGAUAGUUUUGGACAUUUGAAGCAAGGAAGAAAUCUCUCUGCAUCUUCCUUUAACUAAAUUGCUAAUUAGUAGAUCCCAAAGGCUGAAGAUGAUAGGCUAGUUCAGAACAAACCAAGAGUAAAGCAGAUUUCCACCAUCUUAAAAUGAUUCACACAAUCUACAAAAUGCCAUAAUGGUUCACGCAGAGGCUGUUUUAUGAAAAACAAUCACACAGAACUCAGUAAUUACUCACACAGGAAAUUGAGGUCUGAGGUGGUGCACCACCAGUGGUCAGUCAUAUGCUUUUGAGUUAGCGACCACUAAAUGCAAACAUUAAUGCUGUUAAAAGGUUUAAAUAAAAUAGCCUUUGCAUAGAAGAUGAUAGGCUAGUUCAGAACAAACCAAGAGUAAAGCAGAUUUCCACCAUCUUAAAAUGAUUCACACAAUCUACAAAAUGCCAUAAUGGAGUUACUUUAGUUACUUUUUUCUUGGCCCCUUAUUUGUAAAUAACUCCCCAAUGCAAGGAUGGUGGCUAAAGGCACAUAGGUAGGUUUCUUUAUAUAACAGAUACAUAUAUUUAAAAGGCACAAUAUCGUUUUCAUUGACCGGUGUGACGAUUUGGGGAUUGAAGUAGUUUUAAGACCGUACAUGUCCACUUCGGUCUUGACCUUGGCAUUAAGCUAUCUAAUGAAGGCAAGAUAUUAAACAUUGGAUAUCAUUUUAACAAAAACUGACUUGAAAAUAAUAAAAA